AAGUUGGAGAGCGCGGAGCCGAGGUCCCCAGUGGCGCCUAAGCUUCCUUCUAGAAUUCAUCCUUGCCUGAGUGCUUUCUUCCCUUCGUCUCAUACAUUUGAAAUUUUCUUUGAUAUCCCGGAAUCCAGCUCCAGCAGCCAGGAAAUCAGCCUGAAGAGAUGAGCGGUGUCGGUGGAGAAUGAUGCAGCCUCUGACUCAGGAUAGACCUCUGAAAACUCAUGUUGCCUGAGGAAGCCCUGAAGUUAAGGAAGAGGAAAGAAAAGGAAUCAGGCAUGGCUCGCUCUCAGGAACAACUGACCUCUGAGGAUGUGGCCAUUGAAUUCACUCAGGAGGAGUGGGAAUUCCUGGACCCUGGUCAGAGGGCCUUGUACAGGGACGUGAUGCUGGAGACCUAUAGGAACCUUCUGUCUGUGGAUAUCUCUCCUACACGUGUGAUCAAGCAUUUACAACCCACAGUGAACAGUGAUAAACCAGAAACAUUCCAAACAUUGAUGCUGGGAAGCCCUGUAAGCUGUGAAAUCAAACAUGUUCAUCUUUGGGAAAGUCAGGAGAACAUGUGUGACUUUGAGUGUCAGGGGAGAGAUGACAAAAGAAAUUACAAAGGCUCAUCUGUAAGCCUUAAUGAAAAUGUGCCUGAUGGAAGAGAUUCGCAUGAUAGAAAGGAUGGAGGCAUCAAGCCCUUUGGAAAGAGGUUUGGAUUUAACUUUCAGGAUAAACUGCAGAUAUUUCAAACUGGUGGAAUAAUUUCUGAAUAUAAUGAAGUUAAGACUUCUAUCAAAAACAGUUUCUCAUUUUCACCACUUCACAGAAUUCCUCCUUGUGUCCAAACCAGUGUUUCUAAUAUAUAUGGGAAUGAUUUUAUGAAUCCUUCAGGAACAACACAAGAUGUCAAAGCUCACAGGGAAAAACCUUACAAAUGUGAUGAGUGUGGCAAGGCCUUUCGUGUAAAGUCAAUCCUUUUAAAUCAUCAGACAGUUCAUACUAGAGAGAAACCUUACAAAUGUGAUGAGCGUGGCAAGGCCUUUACUCACAGCUCACACCUCAGGAGAUAUAAGAAAAUUCAUACAGGAAGGAAAUUAUUUAAAUGUGAUAUAUGUGACAAAGUCUUCAGCCGAAAUUCGAAACUUGCUGUUUAUCAGAAGGUUCAUACUGGAGAGAAACCUUACAAAUGUGAUGAGUGUGGCAAGGCCUUUCGUGUAAAGUCAACCCUUUUAAGCCAUCAGACAGUUCAUACUGGUGAGAAACCUUACAAAUGUGAUGAGUGUGGCAAGGCCUUUCGUGUAAAGUCAACCCUUUCAAGUCAUCAGACUGUUCAUUCUGGAGAGAAACCUUACAAAUGUGAUGAGUGUGGCAAGGCCUUUCGUGUAAAGUCAACCCUUUUAAUUCAUCAGAGAAUUCAUACUGGAGAGAAACCUUACAAAUGUGAUGAGUGUGGCAAGGCCUUUCGUGUAAAGUCAAGCGUUUUAAGUCAUCAGACAGUUCAUAGUGGAGAGAAACGUUACAAAUGUGAUGAGUGUGGCAUGGCCUUUCGUGUAAAGUCAAGCCUUUUAAGUCAUCAGACAGUUCAUACUGGAGAAAAACCUUACAAAUGUGAUGAAUGUGGCAUGGCCUUUCGUGUAAAGUUAACCCUUUUAAGUCAUCAGACAAUUCAUACUGGAGAGAAACCUUACAAAUGUGAUGAGUGUGGCAAGGCCUUUCGUGUAAAGUCAACCCUUUUAAGUCAUCAGACAAUUCAUACUGGAGAGAAACCUUACAAAUGUGAUGAGUGUGGCAAGGCCUUUCGUGUAAAGUCAACCCUUUUAAUUCAUCAGAGAAUUCAUAGUGGAGAGAAACCUUUCAAAUGUGAUGAGUGUGGCAUGGCCUUUCGUGUAAAGUCAACCCUUUUAAAUCAUCAGACAGUUCAUACUGGAGAAAAACCUUACAAAUGUGAUGACUGUGGCAUGGCCUUUCAUGUAAAGUUAACCCUUUUAAGUCAUCAGACAGUUCAUACUGGUGAGAAACCUUACAAAUGUGAUGAGUGUGGCAAGGCCUUUUGUCUAAAGUCAACCCUUUUAAGGCAUCAGACAGUUCAUACUGGAGAAAAACCUUACAAAUGUGAUGAGUGUUUCAAGGCCUUUCGUCUGAAGUCAAGCCUUUUAAGUCAUCGGACAGUUCAUACUGGAGAGAAACCUUACAAAUGUGAUGAGUGUGGCAUGGCCUUUCGUGUAAAGUCAACUCUUUUAAGGCAUAAGACAGUUCAUACUGGAGAGAAACCUUACAAAUGUGAUAAGUGUGGCACGGCCUUUUGUGAUAAGUCAACCCUUUUAAGGCAUCAGACAAUUCAUACUGGAGAGAAACCUUACAAAUGUGAUGAGUGUGGCAUGGCCUUUCAUGUAAAGUCAACCUUUUUAAGACAUCAGACAUUUCAUACUGGAGAAAAACCUUACAAAUGUGAUGAGUGUGGCAUGGCCUUUUGUGUAAAGUUAACCCUUUUAAGUCAUCAGACAGUUCAUACUGGAGAGAAACCUUACAAAUGUGAUGAUUGUGGCAAGGCCUUUUGUGUAAAGUCAAGCCUUUUAAGUCAUCAGACAGUUCAUACUGGAGAGAAACCUUACAAAUGUGAUCAGUGUGGCAAGGCCUUUCGUCUGAAGUCAAGCCUUUUAAGUCAUCAGACAAUUCAUACUGGAGAGAAACGUUACAGAUGUGAUGAGUGUGGCAAGGCCUUUCGUGUAAAGUCAAACCUUUUAAGUCAUCAGACAGUUCAUACUGGAGAGAAACCUUACAAAUGUGAUGAGUGUGGCAAGGCCUUUGCUGCCAGCUCAUGCCUCAGGAGACAUAAGAAAAGUCAUACAGGAAAGAAAUUAUUUAAAUGUGACAUAUGUGACAAAGUUUUCAGCCGAAAUUCAACCCUUUUAAGUCAUCAGACAGUUCAUACUGGAGAAAAACCUUACAAAUGUGAUGAGUGUGGCAAGGCCUUUGCUCACAGCUCAUACGUCAGGAAACAUAAGAAAAGUCAUACAGGAAAGAAAUUAUAUAAAUGUGAUAUAUGUGACAAAGUCUUCAGCCAAAAUUCAACCCUUUUAAGGAAUCAGACAGUUCAUAGUGGAGAGAAACCUUGUGAUGAGUGUGGCAAGGCCUUUACUGACAGCUCAUACCUCAGGAGACCUAAGCACAUUCAUACAGGAAAGAAAUUAUUUAAAUGUGAUAUAUGUGACAAAGUCUUCGGCCGAAAUUCAAGGCUUGCUCGACAUCAGACAGUUCAUACUGGAGAAAAACCUUACAAAUGUGAUGAGUGUGGCAUGGCCUUUCGUCUAAAGUCAACCCUUUUAAGGCAUCAGACAGUUCAUACUGGUGAGAAACCUUAUAAAUGUGAUGAGUGUGGCAAGGCCUUUCGUGAAAAGUCAACCCUUUUAAGUCAUCAGACAGUUCAUACUGGAGAGAAACCUUACAAAUGUGAUGAGUGUGCCAAGGCCUUUCGUCUAAAGUCAACCCUUUUAAGGCAUCAGACAGUUCAUACUGGAGAGAAACCUUACAAAUGUGAUGAAUGUGCCAAGGCCUUUCGUCUAAAGUCAACCCUUUUAAGGCAUCAGACAGUUCAUACUGGAGAGAAACCUUACAAAUGUGAUGAGUGUGCCAAGGCCUUUCGUCUAAAGUCAACCCUUUUAAGGCAUCAGACAGUUCAUACUGGUGAGAAACCUUACAAAUGUGAUGAGUGUGGAAAAGUCUUCGGUCAAAAAUCACAUCUUCAACUUCACUGGAGAAUUCAUACUGGAGAGAGCCCUUUCAGAUGUAAUGAGUGUGGCAAGUUCUUCAGUCAAAAUGCGAACCUUAAAAAACAUCAGAAAAUACAUAUAGAGAAAGCUUUCAAAUGUUUUGAGUGUGGAAAAUCCUUUAUUCAGGUCUCAGCACUCACUAAACAUCAGAAAAUCCAUACAUGAGGGAAACUCAUGUGAAUGUGGUAUAUGGUAGAAGUCUUCAAAUGUCAAAGUUCAAAAUUCACACCCUACUCUUGCUCAGAGAAUACAUCCUCCUGAGAAACUAUACAAAUAUCGUGAGUGUGGCAACAUCUUAGGCUUCAUGAGAAAAUUUAUACUGGAUAGAAGCCUGAUAUAUAUGUAUAUAUUAGUCAGGUCUUUAGAACAUGAAUUCAUUCUAGAAAGAUUCCUCACCAAUUUCACAAAUGUUAAAAAACACAAAAACAAAAAACCCUAUCCUCUCAUCUCACCAGUAGCAUCAGACUAUUUAUCCUGGAGAAAACACACAGCAAUGUAAUGUUUGUGCAAGGAUCUUACCCAAAAGACAGAAGAUAGGAACAUAGUGGGGCCAUACUUCCCAGACUCAGUGGUUGUGGCAAAUCCUUUACCUUUUUCACUCUAUGUAUUCUCUGAUGACUUUAGUUCAGGUACUCAGCAACUGCAGUAAGUCCAUAUUUGAAGAGAAGCUAUAGAAAUCUUUUCGUGUAAAAGAAACCCUAAUUCUACCUCAGCAAAUAUGAUUCUUUGAGACAGUAGUCCGCCAUCUUUUUGGUCUCCUAGCUUUCUGAAUAAAGUCACUAUUCUUUUCCCAACAAGUAGUCUCUCAGUUUAUUGGCCUGUUGUGUGGUGAGCUCUAAGAGCUUGGCUGUGGUAAUACAUUGAUCAAAUGCAUUUGCUACAUGCGUUUCACGAUGGUCUCUGGAAAGGAAUCAAUGAGAUGAAGGGACUGACUUCAUUAGAUACAACUCCUUCACAUCCAUGUUCCCUGGAAAAACACACAGCCUGAAUUACAAAAUUCAGUAUUGAGUGUGAAUUAGCAACAGGGAGGGGAGAAAAUAAUGUAAAACUAGGACAUGACUCAUCAUGGUCAAUAGGAUCACGAAGCCCUUCCGUACAUAGUCCAGCCUGUUAUAAAACAUAAUGUUCUACCAACUGACGAACAGAGUAGGCAAGAUGUUAAAAGGCCUGAGCUUUUCGUAGGAGGAGAGGGAUAGUUACCAAGGACUGAUGGUGUGUUAGGAACGAUGCAUAGGAAUAGGGUCAUGUUCUCCAUUGGACAGAAAUAACUGUUGUAUCCAUGAUUAAAGAAGAGUUACCCUUAUUUGUGGAAAUUGAAGACAGAGCUGUCAUGGUCUUCGUAGACCGGGAACUGAGCAAUGGAGUCAACGAGAAGAAGGAAGCAGGGGACCCAAGUCUCGAGUGAAACAGAGGUGCUUUAUUUGCAAAAACGCAUGUUUAUAUAUCUUUAUACAAGGCAGCUUUAGGCAGUAAAAACAUUGAGAAAAAAGAAAGCCAAGCAAAUAACAAUCUUGAAAGGGCCAGAAAGCAUUCCAUAUCCUGAGGAAGAGGGGCAUAACUGAAUAGAUUACCUUUAAGUAAAAGGUCACUGAAGGGAGUCACUGAAGGGAAUCCAAGCAGAUGCUCUUUCUCAUGACCUCAGUCCUGAGAAAUUCGUGCAGCUCUGCUCCUUCCUGUUUUCCAGGAACUGAUAAAGAAUAGAGUCCUUGAGAAUCAGCACACAAAAGAAGAAAAUAUCAUGUUGGAUCCUUCAAAGUUGGAUAUCCCCUGACAGUUCCCCCUUUUUUACUUUUUCAUAAUUGGGGAUGACUGUAGAUACUUUUGUGAAAAAGGCCCUGAGCAAGUGAGUUUGUUUAGUUUGAACAAUUUUAGUUGAAAGGCAUUGGUAUGUUACAAUUAUCACCAGGAUAACUAUCAGCAUUAUAGUUCCAGAUCGAAUACUAUGUGUAGUGCCUUGAAACCGUCUUUGAGGGUCUAGCCCAGAUAAUUGAUCAGCUAGCUGUUCAGCUAAGGUUUCCAAAUUGUUGGAAGAGGGUAGACUCUUAUAGAAGGUUUCAAGGAUUUCCUUUUGCAACAAUUGUACAUUUAAGGAAGCAUUAUUAUGCAUAUCUUGCAAAUGAAAUUUGAUUUUUUCCCAAUUGUAAGCACUGAACUGAAAUGGAGUGAUACAAAAUUAAGUAGAAUUCCAAUCACAAUUUAAUAAUACUUGUUUUUAUAAAUCUAUUAAUUGAUCUCCAACCCAUUGGAUGGCUGUUUUUUGAUUCCUGAAUUUUAUCUUGAACUAUUUCAUCUUUCUGACCCUGAGUGACCCAUAUAGUAUGAGCAUCUUUAGUCCAAUUUUGAAUAAAGUUUCGUGUUUGAA